UGAUUCGAAGCCUCAACGAGGGUGUCGAAAACAGCGCCAUCUUUUGGUUAAUGAAACACAUAGCAGUCGCUUCUGGAAGAAGCUCCGUCAGUGAAGCAACAAGCUGAUGAAAUUCAGAUGAAUAUUAAUAUUAUUUGUACAAAUAAAGCUAAGACAACAUGUGUGUCUAAUGGUCAAUAUAUUAAAUGCAUUUACUCAUUCAAAUGUGGCAAAAUUUUCAGUAUUAAUUAAUAAGAGCUUAUAUUCAUACGAUUCAAUACUGUAUUUUAUUGAAUAAUGUUCACACUCACAAGUAUAUGUACAUACAAUACUAUCUAUUCAGUAUUAUGUGGGACUAAAAUGUGAAUAAUGCAAAUAACUGCUUAAAACCUCUGGGGUUCGAACGUUCUGACACACAAAGCGAAGCGCCCACGUGACUGAGCAGAAAGUGAAGCUUCGUUUGUCAUAGGUCACGUGAUUUCUACGUUAACAACACAAGCUUCGAAUCGAUGCUUCAUCUGGCACGCCCCCUUUUGCUCGACACAAGCUCCGAAGCCCCGCUUCAAAUGUAACAUCACUAUUUGACAGAAAUGUUCGCAUAUAUAAAUUAUUUAGACGACGGAACGAAAGAUAUUGUUAACGUGAAAGACAUUAAAGACUUUGAAACAACGGAUUUCUCCACAACUCGCACUUACUGGAUUAUGAGAAAAGGACAGUUCAACACAGGACAAAUUUUUUUACUGAAAUACACUAAAGAAGAAAUUGAAAACGUGUUGGCAAGGGGAAAAAGGGUUCGAGUGCCAAAGCUGCUGGAUAAAGAUCCACCGGAGAACCAAUCAUCCGAGAGAAAGGAAGCUAAAGAUAAAGCUUCAGCCCAGAAGGCAAGCAUUGAGGAAGGGAGACAGGCAUUUUUGAUGAAUAUUUUUAAGAAGAGACAAGCCUUGAAAAGGAACCAACCCAUAUAUCCUCCUCAUUCGACACCAAAAAGACGAAAAUGUAAUGUGGAUGAUGAAAUAUCAAGUGAAAGUGAUGAUGAACUAAUUCCACAGUCAAAAUUUAAGGAACUUGAGAUGAAAUACAAAUCACUCUCCCGUAAAUAUCAAGAUAAUGUUGCUGAGGUGAAGGAACUGAGGAAAUUAAACGUUGAACUUCAGUCGUGCUUGGUUUCCAAAAUUCGUUCUGAAAACAACACUUCAGGUUCUCCGAAAUCUCCAGUCUUCAUUCAACCUGCUCCAAUGACAACUGGGAGCAGCACCUCCUUGGACACCAUCAAAACCCCCCAAACAUCUGGGAGCAGCACCUGUUUGGACACCAUCAAAACCCCCCAAACACCUGGGAGCAGCACGUCUUUGGACACCAUCAAAACCCCAGACAUGCCUUGGAGCAGCACCUGUUUGGACACCAUCAAAACCCCCCAAACACCUGAUUUCAAAUCUGCAGCUGUGGCUUAUCAAACCUCCGGAGAAAACCAAGAGGUUGAAAUUGGUAAAGGUCUGGUGAUAAGCAUGGAAAAAUGAAAAAAAAUUCAAUUAAACAUGAAAGACAGCCUGUUUGUCAAGGAGUUGGCAGUCUGCAUUUGGGGGUCGAGCACAUUGGCCAACCGAAGCCUUGAGGGAAAAAGUUGCCCCAGCACCAAAUCCACUCCUAGGCCCCCUUUAACACCCCACAAAUACAGAACACUUGAAAGUAAGUGAUGUUUGAACUUUAAAUGAUUAUGUUAAACUUUUGAUUUGUAGAAACACACAUACUCAUUAAACCUUAAGGGGUGGUUUCCCGGACAGGGAUUAGCUUAAACCAGGACUAGGCCUUAGUUUAAUUAGGAAAUAUUCCUUGAUUUAAAAAACAUGCCUUACGACAAACAUUACUUGUGUGCUUUUUGAGGCAAAACAAGGGGCACUGAUGUAUUUUAAGAUUUGUCAGUGCAAGUUGUUUUCAGUUCGGACAGCUCUUACAUUUAUUUUAGUCUAGGACUAGUCUAAUCCCUGUCCGGGAAACCACCCCUAAAUGUACAGCGAGUCACUUUGGAUGAACGUGUGUCCAAAUGCUUAAAAUGUGAGUGCAAAACAUAUAAAAAGGUUUUGUGUAUAUCCAUAUCUUGUUCUAGGUUGCUUUCAAAAGUGGCUGGAGGGUAAAAAUUUAGAUGAGGAAGAACUCAAGAACAGAGUGGGAAAGCUGGGGCGAUACGUCACUGAAAAAAUACAAGACAUCAACAAAAGGAAAAAAAAAGUUUAAAAUAGUGAAGACUGCAACAAUAAAUAAGUUUAAAAAUAUAUGUCAGGGAGCUACACUGCGACCAAAAUGGUCGCAUAUGCGAACUUUUGAACUGCCGUUGCGACCCUAAUUUUUAAUGGGUCGCAAAUGUGCUACCUCAUGUUUUAGACAGUAUGCUAUGAUUUACUAUGAGCAUUUAUUAAAACAUAAAUUUGGAUUUUAAGAAUACGUUUUGUAACGUGCUCUGAGCCAUCAACACGUUGGCUUCAUUUUGCGUGAAAGCACGUCGUGUCUCUCCCCAUCAGUGUGCGUUUGCGUGCUCAGCUGUUUCUCAAUGAAUUAGGUGCGACGCGACGCAAGCGCAGUGUCUUCCAUGUUUCUGAACUUGAGCAGAGGUCUUUCUUCACUGAGGACGCGGGACCCGUAUGGUUCUUCUAUGGUUUUAAAUGGUCUGUCGGGUCCGGUUAGGUCCUAGUUUAAUUACUUUGGGUCCCAAGUCUGAUUAAUAUUGAGUUUAUAACCCGAGUCGAUCGGAAAACGGCCAUAAGCGCUACCGCGCUAAAGCUCGAGUGCAGUUUAGCGUGCCUUCGGUUUCUAUGGCGAUGGUUCUUGUUACGACCACGCGCUGUGUUUUCUUUCUCACAUGUUUUUAAUAAUCUUAUUAUUAAUAAACCAUAUAUUUUCUAAAACCAUAUCCAUAUUAAGUUUGCACAGAUUGUAGCAAAAAAGCAGUGCUAAUGUCAAGCCCAUUGCACUAAACGAGCAAAGUAAUGUAAAGUUUGUCACUGGGACAGCAAGUAGAUUUGAAAAUAAAAUAAGUGGAAUAAUAUUAUUGAAAUAAUAAGUGGAUUAAGCUUUUUAAAUCGGCAAGAGAGAAAUAGAAAGAUAGAGCAGAAGCAGUAAAAGUGCCUAUUUAAUAGAAAUUAUUACCAUUAUAACAUCCAGUGUUGGGGUAGUUACUCAAAAAAUGUAAUUAGUUACUAGUUACUAGUUACUUCUUAAAAUUGUAAUGAGAUUACUUUACUAGUUACUGCAUUUGAAAAGUAACUUCACUACUUAUUACUUUACUUUCCUUUUUCUUAAUUUACCACAUAGAUACAUGGACAUGGUUUAGGCGGGGUUGGCUGAUGAUGAGUGACUACUUUAAAUGACCGGCCAGGGCUCUAGACUAACUUUUUGCACUGGUUGCACUGGUGCGCCUAACAUUUUUUCUUAGGUGCACCAGCACAAAAGUUAGGUGCACCCUAAUUUUUGACCCCAUCGGAUUUAUAGUUCGCCCAAAAAUUAAAAUUCUGUAUAAUUUAUUUGUAAAUCAGGUUUGUAACUCUCAUGUUGUUACAAACCUGUAUAAAUGUCUUUGUUCUGGUGAACAUGAAUGAAAAUAUUUUGAGGAAUGUUUGUAACCAAACCAUUCAUGAGCCCCAUUCACUUCCAUAGUAUUAUUUUUUCCUACUAUAGAAGUGAAUGGGGCUCAUGCUUGGUUUGGUUAUUAACAUUUCUCAAAAUAUGUUGCUUUGUGUUUAUCAGAACAAAGAUAUUUAUACAGGUUUGUAACAAAAUUUAUAAUUUAUUUUUGGGUGAACUGUCCCUUUAACACCGCAAGUUUAGCGCCCAUGGUGGUUUCAUACAGAAUAUAAACAUGUAGGCUAUUUUAUAAUUUUCAUGUUGUCAUUCCAUUUUCCUUAUACGAGUCAUGCACAGUCCUGUUUGAUAACCCGCAUCCGCGCGAUUAAAAUAACAGUUGACCCGUUAUCCGACAUCAGCAUCAAUUUAUUUCAUACCCGUUUUACAUAAAGACUGCGACCGGCCGCACCGCAAAUCGUGAUGUAAGUAGAAACCUUUAAAGAUCUUCAUGCAGAACAUUGACAGAAAUAAGCACAGGACCAUGCUUGUUCAAAUAUAUUAUCAUUUAAUGUGAAACUUUGUGAGGGUCGGCUGAUUGACAGCUGAGCGGUCAGCAGUGUUUGAACACUCAUAAGCGCUGCGCUUAUAUUUAUUAUUACCUUAUAAAUUGAUGAUAUGAUUGCAGUGAUUCCAAAGGGAUGUCCAAAAAAACUCAAGUAGAAUGUUAAAUGUUUAAAGUUUAAUGUCUCUUUCUCGCUGCCCUGUGUAAACCCACGCGGGUGAUGGCAUGAAACGCGUGAGGAGCUUGCAUUUUGCAUUACCUUAAAUUAUGGUCAUAUAAAUAAAAGUAAAACAACAUUCUAAACUGUAAUGUGUAAAUUUAUUUAUGUAAAGUUACACUCGCAAUAAUAACAAAACAUUGUGCUUUUUUAAAUAGGUAAAAAGUGUUUUGUGCUGCAUCGGUUUUGGAGCGCGUCACACAAUAAAUAAACAUAGGCUACUUUUGAAUUCGUUUUGUUAAUUUGCUAAUUAUUUAAGGGAAACACAUUUCAUAUAGGCUUAUUUAUUUUAUUAUUUUUUCACCAAAGAAAGACGUAAUCAUCACGUUCUAUUCAUUUUAAUGCUUUUUGCGCAUAAACUAAACCCUUGGGGGAAUUAUUUAUAAAUGAAUCAACAACGCAAAUCAAGGAAUUAACUUAUUUCUCUAUUUAAGACAG